AUGGAGUAUGGAAACUGCUUCACGAUAAACACUAGCAAUUUAUUCGUGCAACGCUCUGGUCAUCAACAAGGUAACGGCUGCGAAACUUUGAUAAACGGUCAGUCACGUUUGUGAGCCAGAGGUCAACGAAAACUGAAAUAUUCUUGAUGGUUAUGAAAGGUUAAGGUGGCUCCGUCAUUAAUACUAGAGCAUUUAGCUGUCACAAAUUUUCUGUCAUAACUUUUUCGUUUUUAGAGCGAUGGCUGCGAAACUUUGCGAAGAACGACAGAUAUCAUUCGGCAAUAGUACGAAAUAUUCCGAUUUCAUUGAUGGUAAAUAUAUUUUGCUAAAUUAGGGUUUAAAAGGACCCUAGUGUUCUAGUAAAUAAUUUUGCUGAUAUUUUUUACUGAAAUUUCUGGCAUCGGCUUUCAUUGACAUAGCAAAUAUGCCGGAGAAAUUUCAGAAAUCACCCCUUGUUUUAUCAGUCUGUCAUCAACUUGUAUCGCAGCUUAUUUUAUUAUUUAUUCGGAUUCAGUGUUUAUUCCUUUUGUAAGAGAUCCGAUCCGGAACUGGGGAUUUUUUCAUAUGUUAGCUCCUGCCUUAAGUAACACUGCCUGAAGCAUCAGGCAGAAUCAAUCAUCGCAGAAGAACAGGCAGGCUUCUGAUCAGGUCGCAGUACGACAGAACAGAUCUUCAAUCUCAGGAUACUGUGCGAGAGGUACCUCCAACAUCAACAAGACCUCUACCACGUCUUUAUCGAUUUUAAAAAGGCGUUUGACAGAGUAUGGAAAAAAGCCCUUUGGUCUACUAUGAGGCUUUACAACAUCAGCGCCAACCUGAUCCAAGUCAUUGAAAACCUCUACAACAAGGCUACUAGACAUCUUUGACUGACGCACUAGAAGAUCAACAAGGAACAGUUAGCAUCGAAGGCAGAACAAUUACCAACUUACGUUUUGCUGAUGACAUUGACGGCCUGGCAGGAAAAGGAACUAGCCUCCCUGGUGGAUCGCCUGGAUAAGACCUCUGCAGCCUUUGCCAUGGAAAUCAUCAGUGCAGAGAAAACCAAACUGAUGACUAAUAACGCGAAUGGUAUCAGCAUUGACAUCAGAAUCAACGGUGAAAAAUUGGACGAGGUUGAUAGCUUCAAGUAUCUGGGCGCAGUCGUCACAGAUCAGGGUUCCAAGCCUGAAGUACUGUCCAGAAUUGCACAGACAACAGCACUAGCUAGGCUCAAGACCAUCUGGAGUGAUAAGCAUAUCUCUCUAAGCUCAAAGAUCAGACUAAUGCGCUCCCUUGUUAUCUCUGUACUAUUGUACGCCUGCGAAAGCUGGACACUGCUUGGCAUCUCAUACAGAGAUCACAUCACUAACAAUGCAGUGAGAGACAGAAUCAGGCAAGCCAUUGGGCCCUAUGAUGAUAUCGUAACCACGGUUAAGAAACGGAAGUUAAAGUGGUUUGGGCAUGUAUCAAGAUCAUCAGGGCUUGCCAAGACGAUUUUACAAGGAACAGUGCAAGGGGAAGAAGAAGGGGCCGACAAAAGAAGGGUUGGGAAAACAACAUCGCUGAAUGGACAGGGUUGAAGUUUUGCCACACCGUAAGAGAAGCUGAGAACAAAAUAAAAUGGAGGGAGACGGUUGCAACGUCUGUGGCGCCCCAACGCUCAUUGACUACGGGAUAGGUGCAGGUGCAGGUGCAGCAAUAGCACGUUAGUUUGGAAUACAAGGAUGAAAAUAAUGGUGGUGGUGGUGGUGAUGAUGAUAAUGAUUUUGGUAAAAUGCAGAUUCUGUGGCCGUUCGACAAGACCUUUGACCAUCUGGUUUCUGGCUGCCCUGAAUUGGGAAAAACUGAAAACUUCCACCGCCACAACAAGGCAGCUGCAUACAUGCACCGGAACAUCUGCAAAGGGUUUGGGAUUGAACUGAAGGAACGAUGGUAUGAGCAUGAACCCAAGACUUGUCACCGAGAAGGAUAGCGUCACCAUUUUGUGGGACGCCCAUGUACACUGACAGGACCAUCGUAGCUAAUAGGCCGGACAUUGUGCUAAAGAGCAAGAAGGACAAAACCUGUUUUCUCAUUGACAUGACUAUUGCCCACGACACCAACAUUUCUAUCACCUUGCAAAAGCAAAACCUCCAGGAGGGGGAAGGGGAUUACAACAGCCCCAUUUAAACUAAGGGGUGCAAUACAAUUGAUUCUAGCUCUGAUAUUGUACAAGAUUAGUAUUAUGUUACAAACGCAACGUAAGGUAGCUACCAAGUUUGUUAAAGCUCAUAGACAUAUGUCACGCCGCGGCCAUUUUGUCUCAGGAGAUUUAUAUAAAAAGCUUUGUUUAUGCACGACUAGCCUCGAUCGUUCUCUCUACGAGUACAGCCGUGCAUAAAAAAAGCUUUUUUAAUUUCCUGAGACAAAAUAGCCGCCACGUGACAAAAGUCUAUUCCGGGCGUAUGGUGCGCUUAAUUUGUUUUUCUUUACAUUGUUCAGGCUUCAAAGUGACGUUGUUUGUAGACGCUGCCGAGUACGUGGGUCCACUUGCUGACUCGGUUGGUGCAGUCGUAUCGGUAUAUUUGCCUUUAACUAAAUCCAACACCAUAGGAGAAAACCCGAUCUACGUUGCCCCCGGAUCUUUUGUCUCCGUCUCUUUAAAUGCGGUAAGGCGAUUAAUCUAUCUUUGUCCUUUCGAUGAAAUUGGGUUGUAACAACACAAAGCACAACAAAAAACAAACAAACAAGCCAAAAAAAACAACCAGCAGCAUCAACAUUAAGAACAAGAAAAACAUAUAUCUCGUUAUUUGCCUUCACAGGACUAACCUAAAGUAACAGUUUAAUUCCUCGUGACAUAGCCCUUUAACGUUUGCGAGUCAAACCACUGUUAAAGCUAGCUAUAAAAGCAAAAAGCACAGCAAAAGCACAAAAAUAGAAUUAAAAACCGACGAAAACAAAACAAAAAAUUCCAAAACAAAGUAGAAUUAAAAAAAGAAAGAGAAAAAAGGAAACUCUCGUUCUUUACUUGUUCGUUCAAUUGACUUUAGCCUACGAAGAGAGAGAGGACAGUGAAUUUCUUUUACAUGAGAGGUCGCUUAAAAUGUUGUUUUACGCCAUGCCAACUUUCCUACCAUCCGUACAUCUCGGUUAACAGUGCGCGAGUCGAAUAUUUAACCCUCGGACGUAAAUGGAAAGUCGUACCCUUUCUGUGGUUUAAGGGGGGGUGGGUUGAUGGAACUCCUCCCCAGAGGUUUAAUUUUCUUAUAUGUUGCGGUAUUUCGGUACUUCAUUGGAAAGCUUUUGAUCUUCUCGACAAAAUGAGGUAUAAUUUAUGGCCGUUGGCGCUGCGGGUGGGCGGUGAUGUCAACAAACAUGGUCGCCAUCUUGGAUUUUACCAACAGUUAGAAAUGAGUUAAAAACGGCGAGACUUGUCAAUUUUGUGCGAUUGUCAUUGAAGAUAACACAUAAAUAAGUACUUAGCCUCGUUUUAUCUACAAGAUUUCCUUUUAUAACUGAAAACAUUUUUAAAAAAAUGCAUUUUCAAUGGCUUGACCACCUGCUACUUAUGACAUCAUAUCUCGUAACCAUAGUAACUGAUCAUCACUAAACUUGUCUCAAAAUGCGCGUGAAGGAUAAACGAACAGCUACUGAAAACGUCAGGUGUUAAUGUUUAAUCGUCUAGCAUAAAACUCAGAAAAAACUCAGAGGGCCCUCAAACACUCAGUUAGCACACAUAUUAUUGAUUAGAACCACUUCCUUGGAAGUGCUUCAUUGGCCGAUAAACAAGUAGGGGCUGGCUCAACGGUGGCUGUUAUUGAUUGAUUGACUGAUUUACUUUUUUUUCCCUUUACCUCUCCCUGCUGGCUCCUAAGGAUAAGUUUUCACCCAAAUUUGCACUUUUUUGAAUUUCCAGCAAUAUAUAUCUCGUUUGGACUAUCCUUAUAACAAGGAACAUUGCAAUCAAAGCAGUAAACACAAUCAGUGGGUAAGUUCUAUAUCCCGCUUUUUAUGUUGUUUUAAAGUUUACAAUCACGUUUUGCGUAAGAAUGCUUUCUAUCCUUUUAUUAAUUAGUGGGAUAAUGAAACUAAAUUACAGCCAAGAAAAUUCAUUCGAAGUACGCUAUGAAUGGAACUAAAAAAAGUUUUGAGAGACCGUCCAAGAUAUUUCCAUACUGCAGGACUCUUCAGUCUUCAAGCUUAUAAAUUAUUUAUUCCAGUUUCGUUCCCUUUCGAGGAGUUGUUUGAAUUGUGAUGCAGGACAUAACUUCCAACUGCUGAAAUGGCCUUCAAGCAGCGCCUAAUCUCGUAAUAUUUGCAUAAUCUAAUGUUAAAUAUGACAAGGUUUCUAGGAUCCAUCUUAGUCUUAAAAAACAGUCGGACCCCUGAAAAGUAGAGAAAGGCACGAUUUCUAUCCAUUGUUUUUUUCCCUGCACUCUUAGAUCUGUCUCAGAGAAUGUAUUGUCGCGAAGAUAAAACAAGAUUGUGGUUGCGUGCCAAUGGAUUUGCAUGGAGAACCACUUUGCGAUCCUUUAAACGAAACGUCAGGUGAUGUUCUAAUACUUCAUUUAUCGUUUUUAACUUUAUAUAAACAUUAUCCUUAUCUAUAAAAACAUCAUCAUCAUCACCAUCAUCAUCAUCAUCAUCAGACGAGUUUAUUAUCAGUUUUAUUAUCAUUUUGCCACAUAAGUUACAGCCAGGAGCCCAAAAGUGUGACUGCUUUUGAUGUAUUCACAUUCUUUGGUACAGAUUUAAUCCAGUCAGCAGCCAGCUGGAAACUAUCUUCGACUUCUGAUUGGCUAAUUUCUGCACGAAAGAAUGUGACUUAAUUACAGAAAGUCACACUUUUGGGAUCCUUGCUGUAUGUAUAUACAUAAAAUCAAAAAAAGAAGAUGACGCAAGGGAGCCCAAAGAAGCCAAUACGGCUUAUGAAUAGGACCACCUAUAAAAAUUAAUAUAUUACCUAAUUAAUAAAUAAAAUACUGGCAUCGGGAAAGACAAUUUAGCUAAGCACAUUCCAUUUCUUUAGAACAUAUAAAAUAAUCAUUAAAUAGGAUAAAGAGAGAUAAGGCUGAACGUGCAAGUGCAAAAACGAAAAAGAAAAAGUGAAAAGAAUAAUACAAGAGUAUACGAGAAAAAGAAAAGCGAAAGAGACGUCAUCACGAUCAUUAUCAUCAUCACCAGAACCAUAUUCAUCGUUACCGCUGAACGAGGAACUCAGUGUAUUGCUUAGAAUGAUGAAUAAAAUACUAACCAAAAACAAGCUUCAAGUAUAUGUAUGUACAAAUAGAUGUUAAAAGAAAAAGGAAAAACAAACAAAUAGGAUGAAAAAAACAAAUGGCGUACGUGUGAGGGUAAAAUCUUUGUUAAUAACGUUUAUGUAAUACUUGAGAUCAUAUGGUGUGAUCUUUCCCCAGCUGAAUGUAUCGAGAAAUCGCGCCUAAAGAUAAAAUUUGACGCUUGCCCUUGCGAUCCCAACUGCAAGUAAGUUCAAAAGAAGUAUUAAGACACAAAAAAGUGCUUCAAUUAAUUAAGAAGCUCUAGAACCCACCGAGGCCCGUCUCGGGAGUUUUAUCAAACCACGAGCAUGGUUGACGCAGUCUUAAUAUCUUGAGAACGGACCUCUGAAGUCUUACGCCUCGUUCCGUUUUCGUUAUGUAAGCUCUGUUAAGGUCAUUCCCCUGAAAUAGAACCUGCUCUGAGGUUUUUGUAAAAAGUUUAUUUAUAGAGACAGCCUGAAAGAGAUUUAAAUUUCCACUUAAAUUUUAAAAUAAAUCAAAUAAUGCUCGUUACGAGCAGCAGCAAUUAAGGUGUCUGAACACAGUUUUGGCAGUUUGUGAGUAUAUGUCAUUUGCCAAAUUAUGGCAAGAGAAAGGUUGCAGCUCACAAGCUGAAACUUAGCAAGUGAAAAAUAAACUGAUGAAAGAUUUUGAUUGACAGGUAAAAUUUGACGUUUUCAUGGUUUCCAUGGCAACAGGAACGAUUGAAUACAACCUUAACGUUUCACUUUUGCUCAGUUUACAUAAAAUUCGCUCAUUAGAUUUUCCUAUAAACUUGCACACAGCUUACUAUAAUUAACCAUUACCAUUUGAAACUUAUUUGACCAAAUUUUUAACAGACAGGUUUUUAGAUAAUUAACGAUAUAAUUGUACUGUAAUUAUUAAAUGUGUCACAAAAUUCGUCUGUUCAACUUCCAUUUUAAAGUUCUCAUUAUUUAAAAUACGAUAAAAGUAACAAUUCUACCAAAUAUCACAAACUUUUAACGAGUAGAUUUUGAGAAAUCGUCGUCUGUGCACCAUUGCUUUUUUCGCCGCCAUGUUUGUUCGUUGUCUAAUUUAAAACACGCGCCGUUACGCGAGUUACCGCUGACCGCCCGCAAAACUGUGUCAGCCACCUUAAAUGAACAUACCAAUAAUUAUGAUAAUAUUAACGAGUACAUGCUUUAAAAACAUUUCCGAAGAAUUUUUCUUUCAUUGCACUAAGGAUUAGUCUAUAUUAAUUUUAGAAAGAAAGUUACUGCAAAUUAAAAAAUUAAAAUUAAAAUAACAACAAUACUAAUAAUAUCAACAUAAGAUAGGUGACCAUAAUCGCUUGGAAAGGAUGCGUAAUGUGAUACUAAGGAAAAACUGUGCUUUGUUUUCUUUCUUUCUUUCUUUUUUUUCUUUUCUAAUUUUUUUUUUUUUAAGGGAAGAGCUCUCUAAUAUGUGAUUUCAAAUGUCUGUCUGUAGCGAAUUUCAUUUUCUAACGAGUGUUUCGUCGUCUGCUUGGCCCUUCCAAAGAACACAUGGUAAGACGGCACUAGUGUCUAUUGUAUUAUCCCAAUAUUAAAUAUAAAGCUAUUUGACAAACCAAACGAACGGGGUUAAAUGAAAACCUGGAGCAAAACCAGGGUAUCUCUAACAACGGGGAUAGAGAGGUCAAAGGUUAGGAUUUGUUUGUUUUAUUUUUUAACACGAUUCUGCGCCAGAAACUUUUCUUUUCAUUAGCAAUUUAAUUAGUCCUUAGUCACCUUUUUUUACAAAAUUUGAUGGCAGUCGUUUGCUAUAGGAAACGGUACAUAAAUAUGCAAGUUACGCGAAGUCAAUCCUUUUUUUAUCCCCUCCCUCCCCGCAAAAAAAUGUGUUUCGCCCUUUAUGGUGCAAAAAGCGUAUGAAACAGGAUCAGAAGCAGCAAAUGUUUCUUAACUAAACAAUCGUCAGCCUCUAUUCCGCCCCUUCGACGGCCUGCAUGGCUGCAAACUUUUAUCCGCAUAAACGCCUGAAUAACUGAAGAUCCACCUGUUCUUUCCUACUUUUAUUAUGAUUAGUACAAAUGAUUUUUGCACCUGCAGCCAAUGUUGUCGGGACUCCUGAAUAAGACUGGGACCAGGCGUGUGAAAGAAGUGGUGAAAGAUUUGGAAUCAGCCAGGUAACAAUUUCAAUGAAACCCUUAUAGGGUCAUAUAUGAUGGAAAUGCAAACCACCCCCCACCCACCUCGCAUGCCCCCUUCAGUUUUCCCUGGUUAGGAAUAUCUUUUCCAAAGUUAGUUUCCAAAGAUACUAGCAGUUGUUUGAAAGUGGUAGACAAGAAGUUCGAGUUCCCACCAGUGGCAAGGUGAGGAGACACCCACAGAAAAGAGACUUGAAAUUAUUGAAUUUUACGGGCAUUCCCAAAGUUUUCUUUCGUUGACGACACUUAUGAAGUUUGCUACUAAACAGCAACAUGUAAUGCCUAGAGAGAAUUAGGAUUUAUUUAUUUCCGUAAAACAGUCGCAACAAAAACAAAAAAAAGUUUCUCUAGUGGUGUCACCAAACGUGAGAACAGCGAUGCUUGUCUAUUCCUAGUACCGUAAAUCCUCUAUUAAAUCUAACGGGGGGCUUACUCAUUUGAAACAUAUUUGAGGGAGAGGGGGUGGGCUUAGUAGAGACGGGAGGCUUAUUUGAGAGGGGCGCAGGGCUUCAUUUAGCGAAGACGAUGGCAUCGGUUCUCUAUAAAGAACUACAAUACAAAGUGGAAAAGCUCAAGUACAAGAAGUUGGAGGUCAUGCAGCCGAGGAUCAAAAUCAAAUCCAAACUUUCAGUUAGUGAAUAAACCAUCCCAGAUCAGUCCACACGAAGUUUUACAGUCAUGAUUGAUUAAUACAGUCUAUUAUUCAUUUGUGAAGAACAAUAAGGACGAGGGGAAAGAGGGCUAAUUAACUUUCUUUCCCUGAAAAGGAGGUGGGGCUUAUUUGAGAGGAGGGGCUUAAUUAAUAGAGUAUUUACGGUACUUGUACGAUUUCAUUUUCCAGGAAGAACAUGGCACAAGUAAACAUCUACUACGCGUCCAUGACGGUAGAACACAUUGAUCAAAAAAAGGCGAUGACGGUAGGGGGCCUCCUGUUGGCAAGAUAUAUCAUGGCAUACACUACGACAAAUCACAUAUAGUCACAAUCUACGUUACUGCAGCAAAAAAUAAAUAAUUAAAUAAAUAAUAUAAAUAAAUAAAUAAACUAAGUCAAUAAAUAAUAAAGAAACGAUGAAGCGAUGAUGAUGAUGCAACGUACUUUGCAUAAUCCUCUAUGUUUAAACCUUGUGUUUAAAAAAGUGGCUGAAAGAAUAUUUGCCCUGUGAAAAAUUCCGCAACUCAAUUGCCUACUCGUGCAAUCGUUAUAGUUUAUAACUCACAAUUUAGAGGCAUCAAGGACAUUCUUCACACUCAAUAAACAAUUGGUCCACUUUUCAAAAUAGUUUUACCCGCACAUUAUGUAAUGUGUAUAAUCAUCUUUCCUCAAGGAAAACUUGUUUCCAUUUAUGUUUGUUGUCAUUUGAACAUUACAUUUUCGACUCUAACAGUUUACUGUUAUUCUUGUUGCACAAAGAGCUCACAUUUACAGAACCGAAACAGAAGCCUACAGACUUCUAUAACUGCGAGAUUUCCUAAGAAAAUUAACGCACUUUCAGCUAUUGCAUUUUAGUUACUCCUGUCGUAACAAAAGCAAAACCAAUACAAAGCCAAACAAACAAGAAAACACCACACUUAUAUCUUUGUUCGUUACUUGCAGUUUGCAGUUUUGGUGGGAGCCAUUGGUGGUCAACUUGGCCUCUGCAUUGGAGCGUCUAUUAUCACUCUAGUUGAGUUCCUCGCUCUUUUAUGGCGUCUUAUUCGACCCUCAAAGAAACUGUCCAACGAAGUAGAGGACAUAAACCACUCUGGAGAUAUUAACAAGCAAGCAGCUGAGAACAAGUAGUAGAUUCGCUGGAGAUUCGAUUGCGCGUUACGUGGAUUGCCUUGGCAGCUACCAUCUCUUUAAGCUCCUUAAGCUCCUUUGUUAUUUACGAUUUAUGAUAAUAAUUGAUAAUUAUUAGUCCAUGUAAAUAACAAUACUUUAUAACUAUCAAGAGCUGAUGCGUCAAAUCAAAUAAUUCCGCAAAUGAAAACAAAAAAUGUACCCUAGAAAAAAAACAAAACAAAACAAAACAAACAAACAAAAUCAUCACUGUACACCCGUAGACUAGUUAGCAAAGCUAUCUUUGAUACAUACACUAUAGGAGAAGAACUCGUUUCAGACACACUUAACUUUCUCAAUGGUGGUAUCUUUUUAUUUAACAAUGUAAGUUAGUGUGGUCUUAAUUAUACAGCCUGGCUUCAAUACAUAUAGCUCGUUUACUUAUUACAAUCAGUAUGUGUCAUUCAUUGCAUUUCAUUCAUUUACUAUCAUUUAAUUCUAUUAUCACCAUUCCGUGGUAUUUUUUCGUAUGGUCAGUGCCGUGUGGAAAAGCUGUCUUCUAAAUGCCCUAUAAAAUAAAAAUUGUCAUACCUACAUAUCAAUAAUUUUAAUUUGUGUAACCGGAACCCCACAGAAUGUACGCAACGAUGUUGAAAGACUAAUCAGACGCUGCCAACUAAAAGUGUUUAAAAGAGAAACAGGAUCAUUACCAUCAUCCCUGAUUUGCUGUGGCCUUUAACCUCCCAAUCCUUAUUAUCCCCUCUGCCAUACCUCUCGCCUCCUUCUUUUCUGGUCUUUCUCCGUUUAACACUUUUUCGAUUGCGAAAUAUCAAGGUGGGUUAAAACAGUUUCUGUUAGAUUGGGUUGUGUUAAGGUGUCUCGACCCAAUUAUUUUGUGAGGGUACCAUCCUACUUUGACGCUCUCUGGUAUCCCCACCUUAAAUUUGAUCGUGAGUCUAACAUAUAGCAUGGAAAACAUAUAGAUCAAUCUACAAUAUAGCAUAAAAUGUUUGGUCAUCGGAGUAAAUGUCACGUGGUUAUAGUGCCACGCCUCUUUGGAGUCUGAGUUGAAGUUCUGCUGUUGCCGGCAUUUGUUCGUGAAAAUCGCUCGGCUACAUAUAGUGGGUAUUAGUACCUUGCGUUGAACCGAAAAUCACCAAAAUCGCAAGGACCCAACGCGAGAAAUUCAGCGGUUUCCAAAUUUAGGCCAUAAUUUAUGCAAAAAUUAUAAGCAAACUUUACACGAUUAUAUCUAAUAGACUAUGAGUUUUAUCCCUUUAUUUUGGGGAUCGUUAUAACAGAUGAGACCUUGCAAGUCAGCAAAAAACUUUAGCGCCUUGUAAAAGCGCGCCAUUUCGAGCAAUGCAAACAUAUAGAAAUUAUAGUUUUAGCUAUUUGUUGACAUUUGUCAGCGUUUAAGAGUCCUUCUCACGAGAAAAGCAUUUUUUUAAAAAAUUCGUAGUUUUUUUUCGUUCAAAUUUUUUCAGGGCCACAAUUGAUUAACUAACUAUCCGAAUUCUGAAUUUCAUGGUCAUUGAAAAACUGUGACGUUAUCUUCUAUAAGCCCAAACUUGAGUAAACAUUGAAGAUUUUUAGCGUUUUGGCUGAGUUUGUGCUUUGGAAGUUGUCCGUUGUUUCUAGUCUGUCAUGAUACAGCAUUCUUCUUCAGCGGGCGUGCAAUGACCGCGCUUGGCUGACUUCAGAAUGCUCACUAGUCCUCUCAUGUCCGUACGUGUCCUUUUAUGUCCUUAUUGGUCUUUCUCCGUCCUUUAAUGUCCUUACUUGCCCUUUUAUGUCUUUCCUUUUCCUUCUCUGUUAUUACCACUGAAAGGAUCUUUAGAGUAUAAACAUCUCCCAUCCCUAAAUGAGUAUUCAGUACAAUACGUCGCACUCCGCUAAUAGCCAAAGUGGCGCCUAUUUGUAGAACUUGGGUUAAAUAGCGACGAUUAUUAGGAGAAGGAGAAGUUGAUGAUGACUUUACCAACGAUGCCAAUAAUGCUGCUCGAAAUGUGGAUGAUGAGAGUAAUUCUAUUCAUAACAAUAUCGCUUUCUUUCUCUACUGCAUCUGAUUCUAGUUACAUAAGACGUAUGUCAUCGUUCCCAGCGAUCGCCGACCUUAUUACAGCUCAGGGUCGGUUAGGGGAAUAUAAAAUAACUGUAAUGAUGAUAAUUUCAUCAAUUUCCCGAGUGUAUUAAGAAUCUAUUUAAUGAAUCGCACAGAUCAGGGUUCAAAUCUCGGAAAACCUGAAUUUUUUCAGGCUUUCUUUUUGCAACUGCAUAUUAAAGUUGCGUCUUUAA